AUCUCCGAUCCAUUACAUUAUUAUCAACUCCAGUCUUCAUGCAACUUCAACAAAACAAAAACCUUUUUCAAUAACCCAAUUUUUUUUAAAAAAAAAAACGUAAUUUACAUUACAAUUGGUAUAUUCAAUCUUCGUAAUGGCGCCAAACAGGGACUCCAGUUUUAUCGAGAGCUUGACCAAAAACACCACCAACAACAACGUUAAUUACCAAAAGCCCCCCAAACUCUCAAUGGACACCCUCCAACGCACCAUCUCCGACAUUUCAUUCCAGCUCAUCAGCCAGGACUCAUCGGAAGAAACCGACGACCACCAGCCGCCGCCACUGCCGCCGAUAUCGGAGGUGGAGGAGGCCAAGUGCGAGUGCUGCGGGAUGUCGGAGGAGUGCACGCCGCAGUACGUGAAGAAAGUGCGGGAGAAGUACUGCGGGAAGAUGAUCUGCGGGCUUUGCUCGGAGGCGGUGAAGGAGGAGAUGGAGAAGAACGGCGGCAGCAGGGAGGAUGCCAUUCACGCGCACGUCAGCGCGUGCUCUAGGUUCAACCGGCUGGGCAGGGCUUUUCCGGUGCUGUGCCAGGCGGAGGCGAUGAGAGAGAUUUUCCGGCGGAAUGUUCGGGCGAAAUCAGUUAGCCCUAGAGAUAAAGGCGGAACGAAUAUUAUUAAUAAUACUCAGAAGAAAGCUGGGAUUUCGAGGAGUGCCAGCUGUAUUCCGGCUAUUACCAAGGAGAUGAAUAAUUAAUACUGAUAAAAUGAUCUGAUUAAUUACUUAAUUAAUUAAUUAAUUAAUUGCAUGCAGAAUGAGUUUUUAAUUGAUUAAUAUUAAGUUAGUUCUCUACUUGCAUUGUAACUAAUUAAUUAGUGUAUGUUGGAAUGGUGUUAAUAAUAAAUAUAAUAUAUAAUUUAAUACAAGUUUGUUUUGU